AAAUUACUUUUAAUACCCUUUCGUUCAUUUUACGGUGCGAGUUACAUUCACGUACCUUUACAGGAUGCUAAAAGCACGACGGAUAUUCAUUUCCGGUUUAAAACUAAAAGAUCGGAUUCGUUUUUACUUUUGGUUGCCGGAAGAACGGAUUAUUGUAUUAUACGUUUAGAAUUUGGAAAAUUGAAGAUUCGGAUUAAUUUAGGAGCUGGAGAAUCGGAAAUUUCGUCUGCUAGAGGUUUAAAAUUAGACGAUCUUAAUUGGCAUGAAGUUUUUAUAACGAGACGAGAUGCCGAAUUUGUUUUGGUCGUUGAUAACAUUCAUAUCACUAAAGAAAAACUGCCUGGAAGAUUUUACGAAUUAAAUAUUCAUUAUGGAAUUUUCCUCGGUAGUCAAGGAGAUUUUACUGAGCUUUUUUUGGGUCAUCACGAGUCCCUAAGAGGUUGCCUUUCUCACGUCGAUUACAACGGUAUAAACGUAUUGAAAAAAGCAAGAGAAAGAAUCGGACAAGUCGAUGUACAAGGUGUCACGUGGUCAUGUUCUCCAGAAUUCGAAGCGGGAUACGAUAAAGAAAUAAGUUUCGUUGAAAAUGGAGCCUUCAUGACUUUACCAAAUCCAAUAACGAGGAGCGGAACGAGAUGGGAUUUUAACGUGAAAAUAUCAAAUCACAACGGUUUGCUCCUUUACGGAUCAGGAUUAACAUCGAAAUCGGAUUACGUUGCCGUUGAAAUCGUCGACAGUCAAAUAAGAUUAAUCGUUGAUCGUGGAAAUGGUGCAGCCGAACUCAUAAGCGAUGAUUCAAUAUCCGACGGUUACUGGCAUUCUGUAACGGUUUUUUUCACACCGACCAUAUUAGAAAUAAUAAUUGAUAAAAAAUCAUCGAGUUUACAAUUAACUCCGACGGAAAAUCGUUAUUUAGAUUUAGAUAUCGGAGAUGUUUUAUUCAUAGGUGGAAUGGAACUUAAUAAAAGAGCAAGAGCAUUGGGACAAGGUAUAAAAUCCGCGGAUGUAUCUAUAAAAGGUUGUUUGAAAAAUAUCACGUUCGAUGGUAAAAGAUCCGGUUUUCCAGAUGCUAAAAUAACCGUUGGUUUAUUACCGGAUUGCGUUUGGGAAUAUCAUUGUAAUAAAAAUCCCUGCGUUGAAAAUUCAAUAUGCAUACAACAGGGAGUAGAAUCUUUUAAAUGCGAAUGCGAUAAUCCACCGUGUGUUAAACCUGAAUAUACUGAUAAUUAUAAGAUAUUUUCAAAAACAUCUUUGCCAAGGGAUUUGGAAAUAAUUAAAUUAGUUCCGGUUAUUACGGAAGAAGGAAAAAAUUCAUUGAUAACCACUGAUAAUAUCGACGUGGUUUUAGAUUAUAGAAAAUAUGGCGUUAGAGAUUCCGGUCUUCUUUUUAGAAUAUUAAAACCUCCAGAAUUUGGAAAGAUUUCCGUUGAAAAUUGGGAUAAACGUGGGUUGUCACGUCAGGUUUUCACGCUUUUAGACGUUGCCAAGGAUAAAAUUUAUUAUCUUCAUGACGGCUCGGAAAAUCAUCACGAUGUUAUAACAUUCGAUAUGGAAUUAUCACCGGAAUCUGGAUUUUUACUUCCGGGUUAUCUACAAGGAAGACACAGAUUCGUUUUACACGUUAAUAUAACACCCGUUAACGAUCCUCCACAUCUCGAAUUGGGUCCUGGAAAAGUAUUGAGACUCGCACAGGGUACUAAAAAAAUUUUGUCGAAAGAUCUUUUAAAUGCCGAAGAUCCCGAUAGUCCGACAUCGGAUUUAGUUUACACUGUUUUAAACCAAGGAGGUAAACCGGAAGAAAAAGGUUAUCUGGAAAGAAUCGGAAGACCCGGAUUAAAAGUUGACACAUUUACACAAAAGGAAGUUGACAACAAUGUUAUUAUUUACGUUCACAGAGGAAAAGAAAGUUCAAAUUCUCGUUUAGCUUUACAGGUUUCGGAUGGCAUAGAAACAAGUCCACCGAUAUUUUUAAGAAUAUCAUCAUUUCCGUUAGAAAUAAGAUUGUUAAAUAACACGGGAAUUAUUUUAACGCAUAAAUCAUUUAUGAAAAUAACCGGACAAAAUCUUAGUUUCGUUACAAACGCGGAAGAUCCGACAUUGGAAAUACGAUACGAAAUAACAAAAUUACCUCAAUAUGGCGUCAUUCAAAGAUUUAUAAAUUUAGAAAAAAAAAAUUCCGACGAAACAUUUAAUGGAUCAUCAUUAUGGCAAGUCGUAGAACAAUUUACGAGUCAACAAAUAUCGAGAGAAGAAAUUCGAUAUUUACACACGAAUCAGUCACCAUCCCAUGAUUUUUUCAAGUUUAAAGUUUCCGUGGGACAAGUAAAAAAUCCAACGGAAUACGACUUCCGCGUGACGUUUACAAAAUUAUCAAUCGAACCUAUAAGUUUGGAAGAAAUUUAUUUAAACGGUACGAAAGAUGCGAUGAUAACGGAAAAAGAACUUGAAUACGUCACAAAACCGUUAAGAACUGAUAAGAAAAAUAUCGUGUACGAAAUAAUUAACGGUCCGAAAUACGGGUAUUUGUCUCUCGUCACGAAUAAGAGACAACAUUUGCAAGACGGUGAUUUUUUCACGCAGGAAGACGUAGAGAGAGAAAGGUUCAGGUACAGGCUACAUCGUAAAGGUUAUUCUCACAUAAAAGACAAUUUCGUGUAUAAAAUUAAAGUUCAAAACGCGGAAACGUCACCGAGAAUUUUAAAUAUUAUUUAUUCUCCCAAUCAAAAACUUAAAAAUGAAGUUCAGGUUACAUUGGAAGGUCUUCAGGUAGACGAAGGUGGUCGACAAGUUCUUUUGCCCACGAAUCUCGAUCUUCGUGCUAAUUUUAUAACGUCUUUGAUGUACAACGUGACUCAGGGACCACAAUUCGGACGAUUGGAAAUAAUGGAUGAUUCAUUACAAAAUAUUUUACGUAAAAAUUCAUCUUAUUUCACGUCCGAAGAAUUAUUCUCUGAAAAAGUUUACUACGUACACGACGAUUCGGAAACGAGAAGCGAUAGAUUUAAUUUUGUAGCUUUAUCGAACGAACAAGAAGAUUUUCAAUAUGUCGGAGAAUUUCACGUUAAUAUAAUAUUAAAAAACGAUAACACACCCGUUAGAGUCAUUGAUAAAAUUUUCAACGUGGUUAUAAAUGGUGAAAAACUUCUAACCGGAAGAGAUUUAAAAUAUUCUGAUGCGGAUAUUGAUACUAAACCCUCGGAUAUAAUAUAUACGAGAAGAGGGAUACCAAAUGGAGGUUUAUAUUUAGCUAAAGACCCUACAAAACCAGUUUUCGAAUUCACACAAGAUGAUUUAGAUAAAGAUUUGAUUUUAUUUAAACACGAGGGUACGGAAUAUGGUAAAAUAGGUUUGUGGAUAACCGAUGGACAUUUUUAUGCAAACGGUUUACUAGAAGUAAAAGCUUCUCCCCCUUACAUACUCAUAAAUAAUACGAAUUUGAUUGCUCAAAGUGGUAAAGUCACUCCUAUAACUACGUCACAUUUAAGUUCCGAAACGAACCUGAACACUCAAAGUCACGAAAUAACUUAUAACGUCAUUGAACCCCCCCAACAUGGUUACAUAAUGCUUUUACCGGAAGAAGAAACCUUAAAAUCAUUUACGCAAUUGGAAUUAGAACGUAAAAAAGUUUUCUACAGCCAUUUUGGUGAUUCGUCCGUGAAGGAUUAUUUCAGGUUUCAAGUCAUAGCUCAAGACACAACAGCAGAAAGAAUUUUCAACAUAAGAAUUUAUCCAUCGAGUUUUUGGGAAGAUCUCAUCACACGUAAUUAUACUCUAUACGUCGAAGAGUCAACGAGCAUAACGAUAACAAAUAAUAAUUUGGAAGUAAUGCAUCCGAACAUAGCACCGAGCGAUAUAAUUUACUACGUCGUCAAACAACCUUCCUACGGUACUUUAGAAGUUGAUUCCGUCGUAGCAACAGCAGCAGACGACAGCAAAGACGAUUCGAAAAAUUUAAUUAAAAUAUUCGAACAGUCAACAAUUAACGAUCGUCAUUUACAUUACGUUCAGGAAAUCGCAAAUCAAACGAAAGAUUUAAUUAUAAUGGACGUGACGAAUGGCAUAACGUGGAUACGAGGUUUAGAACUUAAUAUAAUCGUUAUACCGGAAGUUAUUUACAUACAAGGCGGUCGUUUCGAAUGUCUCGAGGGUGAUUCCACUCAACUUCCGAAUACUUUAUUCACCGUACAAAAUAAUUAUUAUCAGAAUAAAAUCAUAGAAUAUGAUAUCGUUGAAAAGCCAAAACACGGAUUUAUUUAUUUAUUUAAAAAACCGGAAACGCCCAUACAAAAAUUCACUAAACAACAAUAUGAAAAUGGUCUCGUUCAGUAUCGUCACGACGGAAGUGAAACCAUCGAAGAUGAAUUUAAAAUAAUCGGUAAAACAGAAGAUAAAGAAAGUACGAUUGUGACGGUGAAUGUUAAAAUUCUUGAAAUAAACGAUCAAAAACCUUAUUUGGUAAAUAACAAAGGUUUGGAACUUUGGGAAGGUUCUUCCGCCAUAAUAACAUCAAAAAAUUUAGCCGUAAAAGACGAAGAUACGUUACCGGAACAAAUAUUAUUUACGGUAACAUCGGUUAAAACCGGUCAUUUGGCACUGGUAACAAAUCCUAACAAACCUAUUUUACAUUUUACGCAGGCGCAAAUCGAUUCAAGUCAAAUUUUAUUUUUACACAAAGGCGGUCUUUAUGGUAAAUUUCAAUUUUUUUUCACCGACGGCGAAACAAUUUCGGAAAAAAUAAAUUUUAACAUAACAGCAAAAGUCGUUAAAAUAAAUUUGGUCAAUAAUGAAAACCUACAAAUAUUUCCAACGUUGAAAAAACCAAUAAAUUCAGAUCUUUUGCUGUCGGUGACGUCAGAUCACACGAGUUCGAGAGGUAAUUCUAUAACUUAUUGGAUAAGGAAAAAACCGGAAUUGGGAAAAUUAGUUUUAAAAGAUGAGAAAAAUAAUUUCGUGGAAGUAGAUAGAUUUACUCAAUCGGAUGUUAACGAUACAAAAAUAUGGUAUCAUCAUACGAAAAAAUUUAGAAAUUUUUACGCACAAGAUAAUUUCGAAUUUGACGUGCACGCAGAAUUCACUCACGCGUUAGUCGAACAGAUUUUUAGUAUAAACAUUUCCGUUUCUUCCGGAGGACUCGAUCACUUUCUAGACAUUUCAACGGUCGAAGUGAAAGAAGGUGAUUCGAAAACAAUUCGAAUCAACACGAAUGAAUUAAUAUCGUUUUUAACAAUUCAAGCCGGUUUGGAAUCUCCUACUAUUCAAAUUCAUUUGUUUAAAAAACCUACGCACGGUCAAAUAUGCUACAGGUCCGAGUGCAACGUCACAAUAUUUUCCCAAAAUCAAUUAAACAUGGGAGAAAUAAUUUACAGGCACGAUAAUUCGGAUACGUUACGCGACGAAAUUAAUUUUUGGAUAUACCUCGAACCCGGUGACGUACUUUUAUGUAACGUAACAAUCCCCGUUAAAAUAAUACCGGUUAACGAUCAACCUUUUUCAAUAAUAACACUAUCUCCUCAUUUGACGGUUGUCGAAGGACAAAAAUACGUAUUGACCAAACACGAUUUACUCACCGAAGAUGCCGACACGUCACCCGAAGAUAUCGUUUACGAUAUAAUAAACGGUCCUUCGCAGGGUACCGUUUCCGUUUUGAGAAACGACACGAAUAAUUUAGAUUUAAGCGGACGAUUCACUCAAGAGGACAUUAAUUCGGGAAGGGUGGUUUAUCAUCAUUCGGGUUCUAUACAACCCACGAGUUUUUAUUUUAGAGUGUCCGACGGUAAAUUCAAUCCGACUUACACCGUUUUCAACAUACAAGUUUUGCCUUUGAUAUUAAACAUAACGAGUUCGAAUCCUGUUUAUUUGCAACAGUGUUCUAGUGUCGCACUCGUCACGCCCGAUAAUUUUCAAAUCGAUACGAACGGAGAUGUCGGUAACGUCAAAUACAACGUAACGAAAAGUCCAAAAAAUGGCGUCAUUUAUUUGGGCGACGUACCAUCGAAUUUUUUCACACAAAACGAUUUGGAAAAUAAAAAAGUAAUGUACAUGCAAACGGUCAUGUCGGCUCCGGGUGAUUCUUUUCAACUCGGGGGUUGGAUAAUCGAAGUAGAAAAUCCACCCAGAGUCGAAAUCAACGUCGUUAUCAAACCUUUGAUAAUAACGGGUAUAUUCACGCCGAUCGUCGGUACCAAAAAUCGUUUGGGAUUAUCGGUUUUGGACGCGUCGCCUUUAGCUAAAGUUACCAAUAGUAAUCCAGUAUACGAAGUUAUUAAAAAACCAAGAUUGGGAAGAUUGAAAAAAAUAAUAAGGAGUUCGGGAGAAAAGAAAAACAUUAAAGAAAAAGAAAUCGGUAGGUUUUCGCACGAAGAACUCAAAAGCGGUGUCAUUUAUUACGUCACGAAAAAAUCAAUAAUGGCGGAUGAAAUAUACGGUUUGGACGAUUUGAUGAUUUUACAAUUGGUCGCAUCAAUAUUUCAACCUGCAAAAGUUGAAUUAAAAUUUAAAGUCGUACCUGAAACAAAUCUAUCGGUGAAUUCAAUAGACGCCAUAUCCCAACAACAUCCUAAAAUGCCGGCAUCGAAAAAUCCUAUAAGUCAAGAUGGCGGCAUAAGAGUUGCGAGUCCGAAUAUAAAAAGUGACUAUUUAUUAAUAUUAGGUAUGAUUGUGGGAGUGUUGUUUUUAGCAAUAAUAGUUGUCAUUAUCGUGAGGUGUCGAACGGUUAAAAGCGAAGAAAGAAAAUCAAAUAAACAAGAUUUACAGGGUCCUUUACCCUUGCCCCGUCCGCCGGACGAUUUGAUGCCCUCCACUGGAAGAAUAAAAAAUUUUACGUCAUCAAACGGCUCAACUCCAAAUUCGAUACCACAAUGUAAAGUCAUACCCAUAGGUCCUGUGGAUUCAAUAACGAGUUCGGAUUUGGAAAUCAACGCUCGGUAUCCAUACGGGAUAUCGGAUGAUCCCGUCGAAGAUUGGAGCAGUUACGACACGUCCGAAACCGGAUAUCCUCACAGAACUAUUAAUCCUAUGCUUAGGAGAAAUCAAUAUUGGGUAUGA